AUGGUGCAGUUGGUGAACAUCAUGGAGUUGUCUCUGCUGCCCCAGCUGAAGCUGCUGAAGAACCAGCUGCAUCAGGAAGGUUUCAUGUAUGUGCCUGGGAAGCUACAUGAUGUGGAGCAUGCUCUCACUGAUGUAGGAACUGGCUACUAUGUAGAGAAGUCAGCAGAUGACACUAAAGACUUCUUCAAGGGGAAGACUGUCUCCCUCACUAAGCAGAUGGAAAAAAAUCAGCCCACUGUGCAGGAGAAGCAUGCCAUGAAGCAGGCUAUCAUGGGGAUGAUGAGCCAGAAGUUUCAGCAGCUCACAGUGCUGGGGGUGUCCCAGACAGCCACAGCCAAAGCCUGA